AUGGAAGAUAAAGAAAGAGAGAGUCAUGCUUUGGGAGAGGAAGAAGAAACUGAGGAUGAUAACUUGGAAAAGACUCAACAAAUUGAUGAACAAGACAAGAUUUUGGAGUUUGUGGAAGAAGAAACAAUUACUAGUAAACAAGAGUUAGCUGAUACCAAUAAAGAGAGUGAAGACAGUAGCUUAAGGAAGCUUCCAGGCAUUGAAGGACGAGAUUCUAAUGCAAAGACAAGACAUGGUGAACAAGGUAAUAACCAGGAGCAGCAAGAUUCACAAGUAGAGACUAAAAGUGAUGAUUUGGGAUCUAGAGCAGUUGAAGAAGAGAUUGAAGAACAAGAACCUGGUGAGGUAGAUAGAACGAGUAAAAGCGGAGCAACGGAAAAGAAAAUGACUGAUGGUGAUGGCCCGAGCAAGGUUCGAGGGAUUGAAGAACGAGAGAGACGCAGUGAAGAAAGCAAGAUUCAAGAUAUGGUAGAAGGAAAACGAGGAGAGGAGAAGCAGAAAAUUGUUAAGAUGGAAGAGGAUGAUGCGGAAAUGGGCCAAGGAUUUACACCAAACAUUACAGAAACUGAGACAAAAGCUGAGGAGUUUGAAUCUGAUAAACUAGAUGAGGUAAAGAAGAUACAUGAACUGGUUGAGAAGAAAGAAGAGGAAGACGAAAAUGCUAAGAUUGGAGAACUGAAAUUUCAGGGACCAAAGCGACGCGGCAAACAAGAAGAGAUCAAAGAAUUGGUGGAAGAGCAAACUCUAGAGGCAGAGACAGAUACCGCGGAUGAUACUCCGAAACCAGUUCAAGAAAUUGAAGAUACCUUAGAGAGAUGUGAGGGAAAACACAAGAUCGAAAAACUUUUCCAAGAGGAAGCAGAUAAUGAGCACAAAGAGAAAAAGAUUAAUGAUGCUGGCGAGGUGGAAGAAGAAAUUGCAGAGAAGAAAGCAGAAGUUUCAAGAAAAGUUGGGGAUAUUAAGCAAGGAGACUCAGAUGCAAUGAAGGGACGAGAAGAAAAAGACAAGAUUCAAGAAUUAGUAAUGGAAGAUCAAGUAAGUGAUGGCGGAAAAGGAAUGAUUGCAGCUGCAGAGACAAUAACUGAGAAUGAUAAGUCAAGAAAAGUUCAAGAGAUUGACGAACAACAAGUAGAUAAACGUGGAAAACAAUUCAAGAAACUUGUAGGAGGGGAAAUAAGUGAUCGUAGAGAAAAUAAAAAUGUGGAGAGCGAGAAGAAAACAACAGAGGCUGAAAAAAGAAGCAUGGGUAGCGCAAGAGAAGUUCAAGAGAUUGAGAACAAAGAUUCAGAUGUUACUGAAGAAAAUGGUAAAGAAGACAGAGGACGUUAUCGAGAUGAGCAAGACGAAGAGAACAAGGACAAAGCGGAUAGACCAGAAACGAUAAGAGGUACGAUAGAACAAGAACUGGUGGAAGAGGAAACAAAGGACAGUGAUGAAUCAAAGACCAAAACCGAGGAUGAUGUUGUAAGAAAGGUUCAAGGUAUUAAAGAACAGGAGUUGUAUGAACCAAAAAGGGACCAUGUAAGCAAGACUAAAGAAUUGGUAGAAGAGAAAAUUGCAGAGUCAGAGAUAGAAGCUGAAUGUGGUGGCUUAAGUAAAGUACAUGGUAGUAACGAACAGGAGUUUCAUGAGCCGAAGAAGAUACAUAAGGAACGCGAUAAGACCCGGAUAACUGGGACAGAGGAACUAAGUGGUCAAGAGAAAGAGGAAGAAGAGAAGGAGAAAAUUGUAGAGUCUGAGACAUUAACAGAAAAUGACAACAACUCCAUAGAUGUUGAAGAGAUUGAAAAAAAAGAUUCAGAUGUAUCUGGAAAAUAUGGUAAAGAAGACACGAAAACAGCUACGAUAGAACAAGAGUUGGUUAAUCUGAACAGCCAACUGGAGCAAGACAAUAUUCAUGAAGAACGAGAAAAGACUCAAGAACUGCUGCAAGAGAAAGCCAAAGAUUGCCAAGAAGAUGAAUCAGAGACCAAAACCGCAGAGCCAGAGAUAGAAACUGAACACGGUGGCUUAAGUAAAGUACACGGUAGUAAAGAACAGGAGUUGCAUGAACCAAAGAUACACAAAGAGAAAGAGGAGGAGAAAAUUGAAGAGUCUAUGACAAUAACAGAAAGUGACAACAAUUCCGUAGAUGUUCAAGAGAUGAAGGAAGAGCGACCUGAAAAGCCAGAGAGCCAUGAGAAACAAAAGGAAAAGGUAUCCAUGGAGGAACUGGAAACUGAGGAAGAUAGCUCAAAAAAAUUUCUUCAAGAGAUUGGAAAACAGGAAAGUGAUGAAUUGAAGAGAUCUAUGGUACAAGACAAGAUGGAAGAAACAGAGGAAAAAGACAAACCUAGAGCCAUGGAGGAGAAUGAUAAUGUGGAGAGGAGAACAAAGACUAAAGAUGGUAGCUUGAGAAAAGUUGGAUAUGACGAAGAUCCAGAGUUGAGAAAACCUUACAAGAGAGAAGAAGAAGACAAAGUCCAAGAACCAGUGGAAAUGGGAACAAGUGACUAUAGAGAAAAAGUCAAGAAACAAGAUGAGGAUGUUAGCCAAGAAGCUGGCAGACCGGAGAGACACGGCGAGCAAAGUAAGUUUGAAGAACGAAAAUCAUAUGAGGAUUGGACACACGAGGAGCGAGAAAAGAGAAAAGAUUUAGUCAAAGAGGAAGCAACUGAUCCCAGAGAUCAACACUCUGGUGGAGAAGAACAAAAAGAGGCAAAGGUUAUUGCCAGGGCAGAACUGGAAAAUGAGGAAGAUAGCUCAAAACAAAUUCGUCAAGAAAUUGAAAAGCCGGAAUUGCAGAGAUCUAUGGUACAAGACAAAUUGCAAGAAACAGAGGAAAAAGACAAAGGUAGAGCAUUGGAGGAGAAUGAGAUUGUGGAGAGAAGGAAAAAAACUAAAGAUGGUGAAGAUCCAGAAUUAGGUGAACUUGAGAGACAUUGUAAGCAAAGAAAGAUUCAACAACAAUCUAUGGAUGAUGAAAACGGAGAAGGAAAAAUGGAUGGUGAUAGUUCGAGCAAGUUUCAAAAACAAAAAUCAUAUGAAGAUUGGAGACAAGAGGAAAGUGAAGAGAUCAGAAAUUUAGCUAAGACAAAAGUUGAGGAUGAGAUCAAUGAAAAGGAGCGAUACACGCAACUAGACAAGAUGGAAGGAUUACUAGGCGAGGGAGCAAGUGAUGGCGAAAAAGAAGGAGAAAAUCUUGUGAAUGAUUUUACGACAAAGAUUCAAGAAACGGAACAAGAAGAAUCACACGAAAAAGAGAUUCACGAGAAACUAGACAUAGUCCAAGGUUUUGUGGAAGACAAAACAGAGGAUCAAGAACAUGAAAAGGCGGAGGUAGCUGCAGCUGUGGUGGCGAAAAAUGAGAACGGAAGUUCAAGAAAAGUUCAAACGAAAGAUACAAAAGAGCAAGAAACACAUUUCCAAGAUCUUGAAGGAAAAACAGAGAAUUGCAAAGAUGACGAUGAAGAAGAACGCAAACAAGGGAAGACUGUUGAGACCAUGUCACGUGAAAGGUUCAAGGCAAAACAUGACGACGGUAUUGUGAGAAACAUUCAAGCGACUAAAGUGCAAGAAUCAGAUGACAAGAAAAAUCAAGAACCGGAAGACAAGACUGAAGAACUGGAGAAGAAAGAAACGAGUAAUCAUGAGGUGAAGCUUGUGACUGAAGACGAUAAGCUUACAAAAGGUCAAGAAUUUUUGGAAAAGGAGUCAUCAAAUGUAUCAAAUAGACGACCAGUGGAACAAGAAGAGUUCCAAGAACUGAAGGAAAUGGAAAAACGUGAAGGUGAAGAAAAAGCAAAGGCGGAGACAAAAAUCGACAAUGGCAACUCACGAAAGUUUGAAACGUCUAAAAUGCUGGAAUUGGAUGAAUCAGAAGAAAACGAAGAACAAAAGAAGGUCCGGAAACCGAUGGAAGAGAAAAAUAAGGUUCUUGAUGAAGAAAAGGAGGAUAUUGCAGAAGAGAAGAUUCAAGAUAAGACUGACAGCAGAAUGAAGGACCAAGAGAAUAAAAGACAAGAACCAUAUGAGCUUCUUAAAAAAGGAGAGCAUGAGGAUGACAAGAUUCCAGAACCGGUUGUCGAAAGAACAAAAUAUCAUAGAGAAGAAGAAAAGGGAAUGGAGGAGAGGGAAACCAAAGAGACAAAGAGAACAGCUAAGAAUGUUAGCCCCAGAAAGAGUCAUCAAAUUGAAGAUGAACUAGAGAAACAUCAGAAACCAAGUAAGAUCCCAAAAAAGCACAAUAUCCAAGAAUCAGAGGAACAAAAGAUACAGGAACACGGAUAUAAGACAAUAUCUAGGGAAGAUUCAAGGGAGUAUCAAGAUGUUGGAGAAAAAAGAUCAGAUCAAGAGCAUGAAAAAAUUCAAAAGGAAGGAAUAGCAAAAGGAGAGCAAAAGGAGAAGACAGAGAGAAUUCCGCUGGUGGAGCCAAAAGCUAAUGAUGAUAGUUCAAGAAAGAGUGAGAUUAAAGAACAAGAAUCAACCAGAUUGAGAGUGCAAAAGAAAAGAGUACAACAUCAAGAAAUGGUAGAAACAGAAACAAAUGAUCAAAGCAAAGAAGAGAAGACAGAAGCUGAAUAUGAUCGCUCACGCAAGAUUCGAGAUAACGAAGAAGAGAAGUCAGAUAAACUAGAAAAACUCGAGGAAACAAGCAAUCGUAGAGAAGGCAAAGAGGGAAACAGAGCAGGAUGGGGAGAAGAAGAGACAAGAACGAGAGAUGAUGGCUGUAGAAAGGUUAAAGAGAUUGAAGAAAAAGAAUUAGCGGUUACACACAAAGAACAAGAGAAGAAGCAAGCCUUGGUCAAGAAGGAUUUAGCCAGUCAAGCAAAGGGAAAGAUAGAUCAAGAGACGAAAGAUACAGAUGAUAGCUCAAGAAAUGUUAAAGAAGAUGAAAAACAAGAAUCCGAUGAACAUAAGAGAAACGAGGAACAAGAUAUUGAAGAGAGCGGGAAGGGAGAUAAAGAAACUGCAGAUGCAAAUGGCUCAAGAAAACUGAAGGAGAUUGAAGAAAGGGAAUCGAAUGAAGUGGAAAAACACGAAAAUCGAGAUGAUAUUCAAGAAUUUGGGGAAGAGAACAUGAUUAAGCAAGAAGAAGAAGAAGACAAUGAACCAAGCAAGAUGCAGGAGAUGAAAGAACAAGAAACAAGUGAACAGAGGAGGCUUGAGGAACAAGAAAGGGUUAAAAAAUCGGUCGAUGAACUUGAAGAUAGUAACAUGAAAAAGAUUCAAGAGAUAGAAAAAGAAGAAUCGAUUGAUCAAGGAAGAGAUGAGAAACUAGAAAAGAUCCAAGAACCGGUGUCAUAG